CGAACGUAACGGACUACAUGGAUGAAUGAGAAGCCUUCCCGUUUCGUGGAUCGUGGGAACUAUAUAAGCGGCUCACAAAGCUCGACCAAAAACCCUAGGCGACGCCGCAAGAGCAUCCUUUUCCUUUGCCCCUUCUCGCGCUUCCUCGCUCGCAGUUUACUGAGGUUAACUUGCACAGCUGAUCAAAAUGUUUACCGCAAGAAAGAAAAUUCACAAGGAACAUGAUGCCGAGCCCUCUGAGUUCGAGGAGAGCGUUGCACAGGCUUUAUUUGAUCUUGAGAACACAAACCAGGAGCUGAAGAGCGAUUUGAAAGAUCUUUUCAUAAACUCUGCUGCUCAGAUUGAUAUUUCUGGAAAUCGCAAGUCCAUUGUCAUUCAUGUUCCUUACAGAAUCAGGAAGGCCUUCCGUAAGAUUCAUGUGCGUCUUGUGAGGGAAUUGGAGAAAAAGUUCAGUGGAAAG